AUGACAAGCUCGCCUAUGACUACAUCUAGUUGCCUCUCAAAGGACUCAAGAGAUCCCUUUCCUAAUCCUUCGGAGUACCGCAGCAUUGUUGGAGCUCUACAAUAUGUCACCAUCACUCGCCCUGAUAUCUCCUUUGCAGUUAAUAAAGUUUGUCAGUUUCUUCACUCUUCCACUAAUGAACAUUGGACAACCAUAAAGCGAAUACUUCGCUAUCUCAAGGGAACUAUCACUCACAGGCUUCACUUUCAGGGUUCCUCCUCACGGCAAUUGGUUGCUUACACCGAUGCUGACUGGGCUAGCUGUCUUGAUGACCGACGCUCUACCGAAAGUUAUGCAAUUUACCUUGGUUCCAAUCUUAUUUCUUGGAGCUCCAAGAAGCAACACACCAUUGCUCGCUCCAACACCAAAUCUGAGUUCAGGUCUCUCGCCAACACAGUAACAAAGUUGUUAUGGAUUCAGUCUCUGCUACAAGACAUUGGCUUUCUAGUUCCUCCACCCAUUCUCUGGUGCGAUAAUAUGGGUGCUACCCACUUGGCAGCCAACCCUAUUUUUCACACUCRGACCAAGCAUGUAGAGGUGGACUUCCAUUUCCUUCGAGAUCUUGUCACUCAGAAGAAACUUCAGAUUCGGUAUGUUCCUACAGCAGAUCAGAUAGCAGAUAUCUUCACCAAACCACUCUCUACAGCAUGGUUUGCUUCUCUUCAGGCCAAGGUUCUUGUCACCCCGUUCAGCUUGUUGGGGGAUAAUAACGUAGACGUCCAUGGGCCCAUGCAUGGCCCAUGCACGACUACGUAA